AGGCGGACCGGCCGAGUGAGGGCGGAAGUCGGGCAGGCCGGCGUGGGCAGCGGAGCAGGAGCGCUGAUGGAGGCGCAGUCACAGACCCCGGACCGGGGCGAGCCCGGGCCCCGAGAGCAGGGGCAGCAGCAGCAGCAGCAGGAAGAGGAGGACGCCAUGGACGCCUUCCUGGACAAGUUCCGCAGCCAGCCGUACCGGGGCCGCCUGCACGAGGACACGUGGGAGCAGGAGUUGGAUAAAAUCCCGAUGUUCAUGAAAAAGGCCCCGUCAGAAAUCAACCCCCAAGAGAAUCCCGAGUUGGCUUGUCUGCAGUCCCUCAUUUUCGACGACGAGAGACCUCCCGAAGAGCAAGCCAGGACCUACAAGGACGAGGGCAACGAUUACUUCAAGGACAAAGACUACAAGAAGGCCGUGGCUUCCUACACAGAGGGGCUGAGGAAGAAGUGCUCCGAGCCCGGCCUCAACGCCGUGCUGCUCACCAACCGCGCGGCGGCCCACUUUCACCUGGGCAACCUGCGCUCCGCUCUGAAUGACGUCACGGCCGCCCGCAAGCUCAAACCAGACCAUCUCAAGGCCAUCAUCAGAGGCGCAAUCUGUCACCUAGAACUGAAGAACUUCUCAGAGGCCAUGAGCUGGUGUGACGAGGGCCUGAGGCUGGACUCCAAGGAGAAGAAGCUGCUGGACACGAGAGCCAAGGCGGACAAGCUGAAGCGGGCCGAGCAGCGGGACAUCCGGAAGGCCAAGAUGAGCCAGAGGAAGGCGGAAGCCCAGAAGGAGGCGCUGCUGCGCGCCAUCCAGGCGAGAAACGUCCGGCUGGAGCCCCUGGCCCCCAGAAAGGAGGAGGAGGAGGAAGACGAGGAGGAGGAGCCCACGACCCCCCACGGGGGGCUGGGCUCCGAGAACGCCAUCGGGGCCAAGGUGUCUCUGGAUGACGGCGGGCGGCUCAGCUGGCCCACCCUGCUGCUGUACCCCGAGUACGGCCAGACGGACUUCAUCUCGGCCUUCCACGAGGACUCGCGGUUCAUCGACCACUUCAUGGUCAUGUUUGAGGAGCCGCCCCCGUGGGACCUGGAGCGCAAGUACCGCCCGGCGCACCUGGAGCUCUACUUUGAGGAGGAAGCCCAGCAGGAGGUGCACCAGCUGGACCCAGAGAGCACCUUGCUGCAGGCCCUGCAGCACCCCAGGUACUUGGUCAAAGCUUGGACUCCGGCCUUCCUGGUCUUGGUGAGAGAGUCUCCUUUUUCUAAGAGUUUCCUCCGGGGCAGAAAAGUCCAUCGGCUGAAGUGACAGGGACCACCAGCCUUGCCCCCCGGCGUCGCCCAGAGCCCAGGCUCCCCAAGCACUGGCCCGGACCUGCUGCGAGCCGGAGGAAGCUGGCGGGCACCUCCCUGCCCCCACACUGAAGCAGGUGGGCGACAGCCAGGGAAGGGGGCGCAGCCCUGCUCGAGGCAUCCGGGGUCCAUCCACCGCUGCGAUCCGGAUCCCUCCCCUUUACUCUACUCCGGGAUAAUUAUCAUUUUAAAAAUAAUUUUAUUACCAAUUUAAUAACUGUCUCCAUGAGAACAAAACAAUAAACCCCCCUUGGAGCUGUGAACCCUGAACUAC